UUCUCACAUUUUAAACUCAGCUGCUCAUCAUUCACUCUUUGUUGACUUCCAGAUAUUUUUACAUUUUUUAAAUACAAUUACUUUAAUCAACUAUGUUCAAUUGACCAAAUGUGUAUUUAAAUAACACAUUUAUUUAAAUACCAGAAUUUAUUCUUUGUAAUUUAAACCUUAAAUAAAUAGUGAACACAAUAUUUAAUUAGUUUGGUGUAUAUUUAAAUUUUUAAUAAUUCGUACUUUAAAAUCGCAGGCAGAACAUACUACACACUAAUAAAUUACUGGACAGGACGAGUUAAUUGUCACAAACUCAAGACCGGUUUCACGGCGAAAAGCCGAACCUUGCGUUUCGGAACACUAUUAAACCAAAGGGGACAAUGGAACAAAAUCCUUGGGAAGAAGGGGUCACAUCGUCACGUCCCGGCAUCUUAACAAACCGGACUGAUUCCUGUCUCCUGUGCUGCUCGGGUACACCUGGCCCUGAGGACGAAGAUUCGGUCACCCUUGUCGACCGUAACGUUCGAGUGAUCUUCAUCCUCCGUAAACUGCUCAAUCUGCCCCCCACCCUGUGUUCCGACCUCGUACAGAACUAUGGUCACCCGGCCGACUGGGUGUCACUGUGUUCCACGUGCGACGACCUCGUGACCCGGGGAACCCGCUUGUUCGACCAGAUUAACAAGUUAGCGAGAGAAUUUGACUCAGUGAGAGAAAAAGUCCGGAGGGUGGUCAAUGUCAAGCAAGAAAUUCGGGAGGAUGACGAAGACCAGAGCACCGACUCGGCGACAAGCAGGAUAAGAAGUUAUCUCGCUUCUGAUACUGGAUUUGUGGGGGGAAGGCAUGACUUUGGCGGAGAAAUAUAUCCCGACGUGUUAACGAAGGAUGAACCGGAUGACGCAUAUGAAAUGAAUCUUGACGCAGAAAUUCCUCCUCCAAAUUUUGUCACGCUGAAAUUCCACUUGGACGACAACGACGCCUUCGAGGAAGAAGUCGUGGAUCCUCUCGCGUUUCAGGGGGACGAAAUAUUAGAGACUUUUUCUUCCAAUGACCAACACCGCAAGAGACGGAGAAAGAAAAUAUGUACGAAACAGGACCCGAUAAUGUCACCAAUACAAGAUUCUGACAGCGACGAAGACCAAGAAGAUUACCACAACGACCCGGAUUAUUCAGAUGAGGAAUCUCUUCAAAAUGCACCACCCUCUCCUCCUCCAGAUCUCACGCUUUCAUGGGCCCAAAUCAUGGCCGCGUUUCCACCACCUCCUCCCACUCAGGAAGACGAAACAUUCAUCCCGGUCGAAAUUAAGGAGAAAGAAAUCGAAAGACUGACCGGACUCGCGGUCAAGCAUGGCAUCACGUCGUUCCCAUGUCUCCAUUGUGCCAAAGAAAUCUCCUCCAUCGUCUCCUGGAAGUCACAUGUGGACUGGUGUUCCGGCAAGACGAAGGGGUAUCGAUGCGAGACCUGCGAAAAAGUCGUCAAGACGAAGGAAGGCCUGGAAAAUCACAUCCUUUCGAGCCACACACCCCGAGAAGAUCUCACGUGCCGCGGAUGCACCAAGUUUUACCCGCACUGGGAAGAUUUCGACGACCACGUCAAAGAACGGCCCGCAUGUGGGGAAUAUGCCAUUUUUUGCCCGCACAAGCCCUGCAAACUUGCCUUCAGUUCGGAGAAAGUGUGCGAAAUUCACUCCUUUUGUCGGCACAGUGAGAUAACCCCGUUCAUUUGUGACGUGCCGGGGUGUGGAAAACGGUACAAGAAUUCGCAACAGCUUCGGCGUCAUGUCGAAAUGCUGCAUUCCGAGGGUAAACAAAGCUUCAUCUGUGAACGAUGCGGAAAGGAUUUCACUUUGAAAAGCAGUUUACUGGGUCACAUCAAAAUCGUCCACUUGACUCGGGACCAGGGUGCGCCUCGAUUUCCGUGCGACAUUUGCGGCCGUGAAAUGGUGUCCGAAUACAAGUUGAAGCGACACAAGGAGAUCCACAUCGACCCCGAGGACGCCCCGCAUCUCUGCACCCUUUGCGGGAAGAGGUACCGACUCCCGGAGUAUUUGCAUAUUCACAUGAGGUCACAUGAUCCCGACAGGCGGGAGAAGUACUCGCACUAUAUGCCGAAAAAGAAGAAAGCGGAUGGAGGCGAGGUUAAGACGGGGGUGGCCGGGGCGAAAAUCGGGAGACCGAAAAAGACCCGGGAAAUUGUGAGGGAGGAGGAGGAUGAAUAAUGGAGUUUGAUCGGUUUUCUUGUGCAUGUUGGUUUAAUUGAAUUUGUACAGGAUAGAAAUUAUAAAUGCACUCUUAAAAAUGAUUUGAACCAUUUUGAAAAGUAAAUGUACUCUUAAUAUUUCAUGAAAUAAGGUCUGAAAAUUUAUGUAUAUUUAGAAA